AUGGCAGUUGUUGAAAACGGGUUUGCUGAUAAUCCAGAAAAAUUCAUAAAUACCAUAGACCCCGAUGAUCCUGAGUACAGGCGGCAGCUCAUGAGACCUGCUGAAAUCAAAGAGGAUCUAACUUUAAUGUCUGAGCGUCGUCGUGUUUCUGUUGUUUUGAAAUCUGAAACUUUUCGCAAGGAACUUGAAGAAAUUAUUGAAAACUAUCUUCGAUCACAAGAAUCAACUGGCUUGAAUUCUAGUCUCCUAUCACUGCAGCAUAUUGCUGAUCUUUUUUCAACAAUUCCUGGUAAACGCCCUCUUACUGGUGGAGGAUUCACCAAAAGUCACCAAAAUGGAAUCAUCCCUAUCAAUGACUUGCGUGGUUCCGAUACAGGUCUCUAUUCUCGUCGCGAACGCAUAUAUCGAUGCAAACUAGCAUGUGUUUAUCGAUUAAUUGAGCUCUUCGGUUGGAAUACCAGUAUCUAUAAUCAUGCUACCGUUAGAAUCAACCGAAAUGAUGAGCACUUUCUCAUUAACCCUUUCGGAUUGCUCUAUCACGAGGUGACUGCUUCUUCUCUAAUUAAGGUUGACAGUCAAGGCAUAGUUCUCGACCCUGGAUCCACUGUCCUUGAAGUUGAUCAAGCAGGUUGGCUCUUUCACUCCGCUUUGCAUUCAACUCGUCCUGAUAUUCGAUGCGUUGUUCACUUGGGAACACCUGCUACGAUUGCUGUGUCUUGCAUGAAAACGGGUCUUCUGCCCUUGUCUCAGCAAGCAAUAAUUUUAGGAGAAGUAGCUUACUACACCUCCCAACACUCAUUGCCUGGCGACGCAAACGAAGCUGCUAGCGGUACAGCUCCUACAUCGCUUGUUGCGGCCGAUUUACAUGCCGAAAGAGCUGCGUUGAGCAAAGUUAUUGGGCAGGACACUCACAUUCUCUUUGUUCGCUGUCGCGGUCUUUUUGCUCUGGGAGAGACUAUCGAGGAAGCCUGGCAUUACGCCACAAACGCUGUUGUGGCCUGUGAAACUCAGUUGCGACUGGCUUCCCUUGGUGUGGACCAUCUAGUGCUGCCUGAUGAGCAAGUUCAAAAACGAGCAUACGAAGCUUGGCGCACAACUGACUUGGGUGGUGUUUCAGGACCCGAAGCAGCAAUGGCUAUUCGUCUGGUCCAUGCUCGCACUCUCUCACUGUCUCGUCAAAAUGGUUCUGCAGCUGGAGACGCUGGGUAUCUCUCUGACUCGUCCCUUGCUGCUCAUACCUCUGCACCGGCGCGACCAUGGCGUCUUGGUGAACUGGAAUUUGAGGCUCUUAUGAGGCACUUGGAUAAUGCUGGUUACAGAACAGGCCACAUAUAUCGACAAGAUGCAGCGGUAAGUCCGCGGCCAUCACGAAGAACGUUGGAUAGAUCUGGAGCAAUUGCUGGAAGUAGACGAUUCGAGGAUGUUGAAAUUCCACCGUUUACUUCGUCCGUUGCCACCACAAUGGCUCAGUACUACGAUGAUGCUGGUGCCUUCUCUUGUGAUGAAUCGGAUGCUCCAAGACCUGGAACUCUGCGUCGACAAUGGUCGGACCAGAAGUGGUUAAACACCCCCAAUAGCUACACGAAGGAGGUAUCCACACUGCCCGGUCGUCAGCAACCGGUGUCCCAUUGGGUGUCAAGUCGUGAGGCCACUCUUCAACGUGAAAUCUCUAGUGGAAGGCUUCCACCACCCACUCCAUUCCACCCUCUAACUCCGGCUGCCAUUCCUCUCGGCACCACUGGAGCUCAAAGCAACACGCCCUCUAGUGGUCUUAGCUUCAAUCGCUUCGCUCCACAGGGUGAUGACCCCAAGGAAUUAAAGGAACAUCAAAAGAAGGUCCGGGAGAAGUAUUACAAGGAUACCAACACAGCCGGCCCACAAUCACGUCUGUUGGAGGGUUUGACAUGGGACGAAGCUCGACGUAUUCGAGAUGAGGCUCUAACCAAGGCUCUUGGACCUGGCGCUGUCUCUACCUCCCUCCCCGACACCAAUUUCACUGUCGCUGCCGCCAGUAAGGCGAUACUUCAUCGUGAUGUACGAGAUGCUGCCGUCGUCUAUGAUGCUGUCUACACGAAGCAGAAUCCAUUUGGUCAAGUCACCGACGAGGAAUUAGAUGCUUAUAAACGCGAAAUUGAGUUAAAGAACAAUCCAGCACUCUAUGAAGAGUGGCUGCGUCAACAAGAAACUGAACAGGCUGCUACUAAAACUUCAGUUGAAUCUAAAGCUACUGGUCAUGCACAAUCACCCUCUGCUCGAGCUGGUGCCAGCUCUAAUAUCUUCAGCGACUCUGAACUGCAUGAAACAACUUAUGUCACUGGAUCUUAUCUUUCUCCACCACCAGCUGGCACUAUGACUUCGGAAACAAGUGAACUGGAGGAAUCACAUGCUACUGAGAAGAAACAAAAGAAGAAGCGUCGUUUCAAGUUGCCAUCAUUUGCUCGCAAGACUAGAACCAAACAGAAGGGAGGCCACGAGGCCUCUCACACUGAACCCGGAGAGGGCCCCAAUGUUGGCGAACAGUCAAGUAGCCACAACAAAUGA